UUUCAGGAUGAAUAAUCAGUGUGAAAAGAAUGAUCCGGGCUCUUCAGUGGCCGAGGGUGUCACCACAUCUUCGAAUGACAUACAUGUUACCGCUCCUUCUAGUGCACAGGGGGUAGAAGGUUCAUCAAACGAAAAUGGAGUUAAGUCAACAGUUGAUUUGCUCAACGAUGAUGAUUCUAACGUUGGUGAUUCCAAAGAUGUUGUACCGAAGAGUGAAGCUUCUAACGGCAGUGGGCCUACAGUUGUGGUGCCUGCAGAAGAUUCUAACGUUGGUGAAUCCAAAGAUGUUGUUCCUAAGAGUGAUGAGCCUAAUGCCAGUGAGGCAAAACUUCUGGUGCUCAACGAUAAUGAGUCUGACGUGGGUGGUUCCAAAGAUGAUGUACCGAAUACUGAUGCUUCUGACGGCGAUGUACCCAAAACUGGUGAUUCUAGGACUAGUGGAUCUGAAAGUGGCGACGCCAAAGCAAGGAAAACUACAGCCAAGUCAAGAAACGAGAACAGGGUUCGCCGCAGACCACAAUCCGAAGAUGAAAAUUACAAUCCGAACUCCCAACCUCCUCCAGCAAAGAGGGCUCGUCGAGAUCUCCCGCCUGGAGCUAUUGAACAGGUUUUGAAGAGUGUAGCAAGCAAAUCUGCUGCUCAAGGGGAAACCGAUGUAAAUCGCGGUGCUGAAGUUAAGGUUGAUAAUAGGGAGAAUGCUCCUCAGACUGAAGUCGAUCAACGCGAGGGAGAAGAAGUCGUUGAGGGUCAGGAGGAGAGAGAUUAACCAGAACCCUAUAAACACGAAGAGGGGGUUCGAAACCAACUAUGAAUAUCUCAAUAUUUUAAUAAAUUUAAGUUUAAUAUAAUAUAUUUGGUUCCGAAUCAUCUAAAAAACAUAGAAACCAAACAUAAAAUAUACACAUAUUAAGGUUAUGAACCGAUCCAUAAAACUGCGUGGGAGAAGAAGUCGUUGAGGGUCAGGA